AACAAAAGAAUAAUCAAAUUACACUUUUUUGGGAGCUUCGUCAAUGUUACACUACGCUUCAGCAGCUUCGCAUGUCCAAAAGCAAUUGAUAUCGAUACCAUGACACAUAUUGCAAUUCCAUAAUGGUUUUGAUUCGACCUUUGUCUAUUGUCGCGCUCCGCGGCCUGCACCCCACUUGUUCUCGCUCAGUGUUAAUAAUAUAAAAACCAGCGGCCACUGAUAUUGACAUCAAUCAGCGACGAACGUUGAAGUUAACUAGAGCAAAAUGUUCAGCAAAAUCUUAGCUUUCGGCGCCAUGGUCGCAGCCGCUUACGCGGGUCUGAUCCCUGAGUACGGACACGCUGUGUCCUCCCAGAGCAUCGUGCACCACGGCGACUACGCACCCCAUGGCGAUUACGCCCAUGGUGACUACGCCUACGGCCACCUCGCCGCACCCGCCCACUACGCGGCGCCUCUGGCCCACGCCGCGCCCCUGGCUCACUACGCUGCCCCCGUCGCCUACGGUCAUGGAUACGAGGGACAUGAGGGACAUGAUGAAUAUGCCCACCCCAAAUACGACUACGCGUACUCCGUGUCGGACCCUCACACCGGCGACCACAAGUCACAGCACGAGUCCCGCGACGGCGACGCCGUGCACGGCUACUACGAGCUGGUGCAGCCCGAUGGCUCCGUGCGCAAGGUCGAGUACACCGCCGAUGACCACAAUGGGUUCAACGCGGUCGUGCACAACUCCGCCCCAUCCAUCCACCCCGAGCCCUACCACGGCCACCAUUUCACGCAUCUCUAUCCAAAAAACAUGUUCACCAAAAUUUUAGCUUUGAGUGCCGUGGUGGCGACCGCUCAGGCUGGUCUCCUGGGACUGGGCCAUGGGCUCGGCCACGACCAUGGAUAUUCAGUAUCUUCUCAGCACAACGUAGUCCACCAUCCCCACUAUGCUCCUGAAGCACACUUCGCCCCUAGUGCUCAUGAGGAGUACUCCCAUGGUGGUCACUACGCUGCUCCCAUCGUCCAUGGUGUCCACUACGGUGCCUCUCCCCUGCUCCACAGUGCUCCCCUGAUUCACGCCGCUCCCAUUGCUCAUGCUACCCCUCUCGCCCAUGCUGGACCCAUUUCACAUGGUUCAACCAUCGCUCACAUUGCCCCCUUGACCCAUGCGGCUCCUCUGUCCCAUGCUCAUAUCGCCCCCAUUGCUCAUCACGGUUAUGCUUCCCACCACGACGGACAUGACACAUACGCUCACCCCAAAUACCAGUACUCUUACUCCGUUGAGGAUCCCCACACCGGUGAUCACAAGUCUCAGCACGAGAUCCGCGACGGCGACGUCGUGAAGGGCGGAUACUCCCUGCUGCAGCCCGAUGGCUCCGUCCGCAAGGUUACCUACACCGCUGACGACCACAAUGGAUUCAACGCAGUCGUGGAGAACUCUGGACCUAGUCACCACGUGUACUCUUCUCAGCACCACCAUUACUAGAUCUCGCAUUAACAAAUAAGCUUUAC